AUGGAUGCAACGCCGCCUAAAAUGCUUGUUUUCGAUGAAGACGGAGAUACACUGAUCAUUCUUCCAUACAUCACAUCAGCCUCCGAGGCAGCCGACGACCAAAAAUCAGAUCCCAAUGUGGAGCAGAAUGGAGAGAAACGGCCAGCAGAGGACGCACUCGAAAAGAAUGAGGUGCGCAUGAAGGUGUCCAAAAAACAUAUGAUGCUUGCCUCCCGCCGUGCGCAAAAAAUCUUCCUCGGCCCUUGGAAGGAAACGGAGUCAAGAGGCACGGAUGGUUUGCAUCAUUGGUUGUUUGAACCGGUUUUUACUCCCGAAGCCUUUGAAAUUGUACUGAACAUCAUACACGGGCAAACGAGAGGGGUUCCUGAUCAAAUUGGACUUGCAACCCUUGCAGAUAUCGCUGCACUGGUGGAUGACCUACAGUGCGAAGACGCUGUUUGGUUCAUUGUCAAAUCAUGGAUCCGUCUACUACAAGAACCACUUCCUCAUACCAUCUGUGAGGAUCUAGUUAGAUGGAUACUGAUAUCCUCGGUGUUUGAUGAGCCAUCUAUAUUUCAAGACUGCACCAAGGUGGCCAUUCAGUCCACUUGUAAGCAGCUGGACACAACUGGUCUCCCCAUUCGACCCUCCAUCAUUGAUGGCAUAGAAGUCGAGAGAAUAAAAAUCUUGGAUGCAUUGAUGGUGGACCUAGAAGAUCAACGAGAUGGGUUGAGCCGUGGUGAGCUAGGUUGUAAUCUCGAAUGCAGAUCAUCCUACCUUGGUGCGCUCAUCCAAGGAAUGCAUUCCACGGGUAUUCUCCCCAUCCUGGAUGUUAAUUCUCCAACAAAUGACCCAUAUGAAGCCCCUCACCGAGGACUGAGAGUUUCAUCAGCAAUGAAGGCCAUCCGCGAAAUGCCGUUUCCAGAUGUUUAUAUUACCAACAUUUACAGUUCGAGACCGUCGUUCCACACGUGUAAUUUGAGAGGGUCCCUUUGGCAGCACCUAGAUGAGGUAGAAGCCGAAAUUAUGGGCUUGAAUUUAAAUGAAUUCAUGCCUAAAUGA